AUGGACAGCCCAUACUGGAAAAUAGACGAAAACUCUAUGAGAGAAACAGUGAACUAUGAGGCUUAUAAAAGUUAUUUCAACAGUGACAUCAUAACAAAACCUCCAGGUUAUGUUGUGGAGGUUUCUAGGGAAACCGGUUCGGUUCGCAUGCUUCCCUCGCUUCUGGUCCACAUUCUUACCAACAUGACCAAGUGGGUCAAGGUGUUUGCUCCUAUUGUGGCAAUAUCAUCAGCUGAGAGAAUCACUGAUAACGCUACUAAUGGAUCUCAAAACGGCGCACUUCAACUGAUUCAAGCAGAGUUUCAGGUGAUUUGUCCGUUUAUACAAAAGAGAAAAGUGAAGUUUCUUAGAUACAGCAAGAAGAUAAGAAAAGGAGUAUGGGCUGUUGUCGACGUCACUCUUCCUCCUGAAAAUGAAGAAGCUGAACGUUUCAUGUAUGAGCAAGGUCUCCCUAAACGCCUACCAUCAGGGGUUAUCAUAGAGGACAUGGGCAAUAAUUCCUCACAGGUCACAUGGAUUGAGCACACGGAAUAUGAUGAGAGUCGGAUCUACCAACCUUACAGGGCUUUGAUUGACUCUGGGAUUGGGUUUGGUGCGAGAAGGUGGCUCAUGACGCUGCAGAGAUACUGCGAUACAUACUCGAUCCAUUCCUAUAUCAGCCUGUCUGGUCCUAACCAAGCUGACUCUAAACUUUAA